AUUAAUUUGUCCAUUCUGGAAUGAAAGCAUCAAUGUAUGGACUGAAUGACUGAACCGCAUCAUUUUAGAACUCUUUCAGUUAAGGUAUUACCCUCUCAUGGGGAUGUUUUAAUUUGUCUGUCAGGGGCUUGGCACCAGAUCAUGUUUCCAAUGUAAUUACGGUGUGCGUUUUCUUACAGCUGCCUGAUAUUUGCCAAAUGACCGAUUGAAGAAUUUAGAGCAAAAGGUACAGCAGACCAAGCAUUCUAAAGGGGCUGGUGUGCGCAGUGUGCUCUGUCUGAACUGGGCAAUGCACUACUUAAUUUAGCAAAGGAGCAUCUCUUCCAGGCUGGUCUGUACAGGACUACUAUAUUUUUAAGGGGCAACUUUAACAGAUGUGUUGUUGUAGCUAAAGUGCUGCUUCACUUGGUUGGUGGAAAACAAAGAAUAAAGAACUUCAGGAAAUCACUGACUGAAGAGAAGAAAAAACACUGAAGCCACAGGAGCAAAUCUGCAGGUUGGCCCCCACCAUCCGGGACCCGGAGCUCUUCACAGGGGCCACCCUAUGGAUGGGAGAUGGCGACAAAUAGAGAAGGCAGAGACUGCUACAUCAAUCACAUGACCCCGACCUCGUCGUUUGAAGAAGUGCAAUUCGAGGGAAACCAGUUCAUUCCUCCAGCCCCUCGCAAGGUGGACAUGAGAAGAGACCCUGUGUUGGGAUUUGGUUUCGUGGCAGGUAGUGAGAAGCCUGUGGUCGUACGCUCCGUCACACCAGGGGGCCCCUCUGAAGGCAAACUUGUACCAGGCGAUCAGAUCAUCAUGAUAAACGACGAGCCUGUCAGCACAGCUGCUCGGGAGAGAGUCAUUGACCUCGUGAGGAGCUGCAAAGAAUCAAUCAUAUUAACAGUUGUUCAACCAUACCCAUCUCCCAAAUCAGCUUUCAUCAGUGCUGCAAAAAAGGCCAGGUUAAAGUCAAACCCUGUCAAAGUGCGCUUCUCUGAGGAGGUCAUUAUAAACGGUCAGGUUCCAGACACUGUCAAGGAUAACUCUCUUCUUUUCAUGCCAAAUGUUUUGAAGGUAUACCUUGAAAACGGGCAGACCAAAUCAUUCCGAUUUGACAGCAACACCUGUAUUAAGGAUGUUAUUCUCACACUCCAAGAGAAGCUGUCUAUCAAAUGUAUUGAGCACUUCUCUCUGAUCCUCGAGCAACAAACUGAAGGGUCAGGAACCAAGCUUCUCUUACUUCAUGAACAAGAAACAUUAACUCAGGUGACACAAAGGCCAGGUUCACAUAAGAUGAAAUGCCUUUUCAGGAUUAGCUUUGUUCCAAAGGAUCCUAUAGACCUUCUUCGACGAGAUGCUGUUGCUUUUGAAUACCUAUAUGUGCAGAGCUCGAACGACGUGGUGCAGGAGAGUUUCGGCUCUGAGCUGAAGUACGACACAGCGCUGAGGCUCGCUGCGUUACAGAUGUACAUCUUAACUGUUAGCACCAAGCAGUCCCAAAAGGUCUCAUUAAAAUACAUUGAGAAAGAAUGGGGUUUGGACACCUUCCUCCCUCCUGCAGUAUUAACCAGUAUGAAGGAGAAGAAUAUCAAGAAGGCUCUCUCACACAUUUUAAAAGCAAACCAAAAUCUAGUUCCUCCUGGAAAAAAGCUGUCAGCUUUGCAAGCAAAGGUGCACUACCUAAAGUACCUCAGUGAUUUACGAUUGUAUGGUGGAAGAGUUUUUAAGUCAACAUUAUUGCAGGGUGAAAAACACACAGAAGUAACUUUGCUCGUGGGUCCCAGAUAUGGAAUAAGUCAUGUAAUCAACACCAAAACCAACCUGGUGGCUCUGCUGGCAGACUUUAGCCAUGUCAACAAAAUUGAAAUGUUUACAGAGGACGAAAAGAAUGUUAGAGUUGAGCUACACGUGUUGGAUGUGAAGCCUAUCACUUUACUUAUGGAAUCAAGUGAUGCAAUGAACCUGGCUUGCCUAACAGCGGGCUACUACAGAUUACUGGUUGAUUCAAGACGCUCUAUCUUUAACAUGGCAAACAGUAAAAAUAAAGGAAACAAUGAACCAGGUUGUGAUCAUAAGGACAAGUAUAACUUGCUUGCCACUGACUGGACAUACAGCACCUCCUUUACAAUGGCUGAAGACCAAGAUCUUCAAGCAUGUAUUAACGAAGUAAAGGACAAAGACAUUCCUUUCUCAGAAGAUCCUGGGAGUCAAAAUGAAACUACUCCUGUUUAUAUCACAGAGGUUUUAAACAGCGGACAUAGUCAAAAAAUCAUUAAACAAGGAGACAGUACAGAAGUAGGAAACGGAAGUAUGCACACGCGAUCCUACUUGUCCGUGCCUGGAACAAAUGCGCAGGACUCUCCAAGGAACGCCAAAGUGUCUUUUAUAUUUGGAGAUCAUAACUUAGACAGUGUUAACCCACAAAACCUUGGGUAUCAAAGAUUAAUGGAUGAAAGCCCAGAAAUGUCAGAUGAGCAAAGAUCUAUGUACCUGCAUAAUGAAAGUGACAUUAAAGCCAUAGACCAGUCUUCAGACACAGAAGGUUAUCAGUUUGCAGCUCAUGUCGUUUACGCAAACAUUAACGAGGCUAAAAUAUUUGGGAACUCAGAAGGCAUUGAGGAGCCUUUGCUACAUGACAUCUGCUAUGCAGAAAAUACAGAUGAUGCAGAGGACGAUGAUGAAGCUAGCUGUGAGGAAGACAUUGUGUUGGGAGAAAUGGACAAAACCAAUCUCCUCAGCAUUUCUGGCUCGAGCGAUGAUAUUAUUGACCUGACAUCCCUCCCACCACCAGGUGGCGAUGAAGAUGAAGAUAAUGACUUUCUUCUCCACUCUCUUAAUCUUGCCAUUGCUGCUCCUCCACCAGGCUUCAGAGACAGUUCUGAUGAGGAAGACACCCCAAACCAUGGGUCCCAAGGUACAGAGGAAAAAGGCCAAAGCAAUAGUGAUGACAUUCCGGUGUCACUGAUAGAUGCAGUCCCGACUCCUAGUGAAGGCAACAUAGAAAAAGCACUUGAUGAUGCAGUUGUUUCCACUCUGCAAGCAAUAGAGGCCUUGGCAGCAUCUGAAGAGCAGACCCUUCAACAAGCAGACAAUAGUUCAGGUGUAGCAAUAUCUCGGGCAUAUAGUCCCGAGUCAUCUUCAGAUUCUGGGAAUGAAACAAACUCUUCUGAAAUGACUGAGAACUCUGAACUGGCUGCAGCACAGAAACUCUCUGAGAAUUCCAUGCGCCUGUUUGUAGCCACCACUGGAGGUUUCCAGCCACUUAUGGAAGAGAAAACUGAGUUUCCCAUCUCUCCCAGUGAGACAGUAGACAGGACCCUAAAGCCAUCCCACAACCUGCCAGGCCGCCAGGAGGCAGAUCCAGAGACCAAAGAUGUGCCUUCCAAACAAAUCCUUCAUUCAGAUGACAUUGAAAUGGAGCCAGAGACCAUGGAGACCAAAUCUGUGUCAGACUACUUCAGUAAGCUGCAGAUGGGGUCCCUUGUCAACUCCUGCACAGGCAAGAGAAAAGGUAAACAAGGCGAGAUAGACCCCAGGAUGCAGUUAGAAGCCAGCGCAAUGAUUAAAAGACAGCAGGCUAAGAAAGCAGAGUCUAAUGAAGAACCACACCCGCCUACGAAAUAUAACACUUUCACAUCAAGGGAGGCUCAUCGUUUAAGCCAUUUCGAUUUAGAGAGAACUUCUUUCCGUGCAAAAAGCCAAAGGUGGUACCCCAUUCCUGACCAUAAGACAGGGGACAAACAGCUUCCAGGAGUAUCUAAUGGGAAAAACUUGCUGAAGGGAUCAAACGUUUGUAGGACAGAGUUUGAUAAAAAAGAAGUCGAGCCUGAAGGGAAUGACUGCCACACCUCUGGGCUCGGACAGGAUGAAAACCUUCAAUCCGACACCACCUAUGUAUCCUCGGCCAAAGAACGCAACGACGAAGAAACCAACUUUUCUGAGGAUGAACACCAGUCUAAGCUCCCUCCAACCGAGCAGAGCGUUGCCAGGCUCUGCGAAUACCACUUGGCGAAACGCAUGUCUUCUUUGCAAAGCGAGGGACAUUUUUCUCUGCAGAGUUCCCAAUGUUCAUCAGUUGAUGCAGGCUGCAGCACUGGCAGUAGCUCAUGCGCUACUCCUGUUGAUUCCCCGCUGUGCACCUCUAACAGUAAGCAUAUGCUUACUGAACCUUCUCUGAAAGGCUAUGUGACAGCAGAUGAAAAAACCCAUUUACUUCAAAGCAAGGAUGGCAAGGAUCUUCAUCAGCAAGGUGAUGGGACCUUCCAUAGGAGGACACUGCCAAACAUGCAUGCAGCGUCUAGUUCUGAACCAAUAUUUGGUACCUUACGAGAUGGGUGUCAUCGGAUGACCAAAAUUAAAGAAACCACAGCUUGCACAGAGCUUGAGAAGGCAAGAAGAGGAGGCAUGUCUUCAGCUUUUUCUAAACAGGUCAAAGCCAACACCAUUCCACUGCCAUCAAACAUUUGCACAAACUCAAAUGUGCCAAGCCAAGAGUCCACUGACUUACCUAAACCAGACCAUGUGCGGGCAGCACCUUUGAGUAUAAGGACUUGCGACAUCAGUGAGGGAAGUCUCAGUAAUCCCCAGAAAGGAAAAAUCUUAAGACGGAGCUACAGCAGUGUGACGUCAGGAUCAGGGAACAUCGAAAGACUCUUUGAGAGAACCAAAGGUACCAUCGGCACUAAAUGUUUGCAAUCUCCAGAAUCACCUGAGACCAAACCACAGAAGAGUGUUGACCUUCCUAUAGGUAAAAGGUUGGCUAAGAGCUACUCUCAAGGCUCUGUUGCCACGAACUCCACCUGCUGGUCCAUCGUGAAUGACAACAAGGAAAGCCGAAGAAAUUCAGUCAUGUUCCCAGUGCAUAAAGAUUGUAAGCAAUUCAGAACUUUGCCAAAGUUGGACACAAGCAAUUGGCGGUGCCAUGGUCCCUUUAGUUGUUUUCUCAAUAAAGGGAGAUAUGCCGAUGAAGACGAGGAAGAAGGAGAUAGGCUUUCGAAGCUUUACAGUCCACAGUUACCUUCAUCAGCUGCUGAGAAUGAAAGAGAAACGGUAAACCAAGUGAAAGCUGCCGCCCAGGACAAUUCCACUGAGAAUGUUGCUGCCAAUCACAAACAUAUAAAUAUUAACCUUAAUGACAUGAACUUCAAGGCUAGAAUUGCCCGGAUAAAUAAGUUAAAAGACAAGGUUUACUCAUUCCCGGAUGGGUUUUCAGUUGCACAGAAUGAUGCAAGUGAACUGAUUUCUCUUGUGCGUUCAAGUGUGGGCAAAAGGGAGAACACGCAGCCCGAGCCCCAGGAAACUAAACUUCCUCAGUACAAACAACUUCUGUCUGUUGAGUCCAAGGAGCUGGGGAGUGCCUGUAGACAAAUAGCCAUGGCAGACAAAAACCCAGAAGAAAUGCUUUUGGCAAUGACUUCCAGUUUCCACGUGCUCUGUUGCUUAACAGAAGCCUGCAUGUGUUUAGUGAAAGUGAUGAAUGCUGAAAGCAAGCAGCUGGAAAUUGUAGCUAAAGUCGAUGAAGUUGUAACGAACUAUAUAUCCCUGCUAAAAGCAGCUGAAGCAGCGGCAGACGGUUCUCCCAGUGACCAUAGUGUAAAAGUAAUGGCACGACAUUUAACUACCAUGUCCACUACUGUAAGCACACUAACUCGAUCGCUGAAAACACUUCUAAACAAAUGAAUAGCAUACUACUCUUUUUGGUUUACUUUUGCAAAGCCAUACAUAGGACCCCCCCACCCCCCUUAACCUUAAAUGUGGGAUCCCCACAGUGUGAACUACAGUGACAAACUUUGCUUAUGUAUAUUUUGUUUUAUAUGUAAAAAGUUAAGGAAUUAUGUAAACACUAUAGAAAUUUAAAUAUAUGAUAAAGGUAUCCUUCCUUUAGAACUUGAAAAUAGUUUUUUUCAUAAUGCUCAAUGCUAAUAUUAAUUGCUUCUACAUUACAUUGCUUUUAACUAAUGCAGUGUCCAAAAGCAUGAAAAAACAAUCUCUAAAUUCUCUAUUGGGUUUUACAUGACGUAAUGGUACUGUACUAUUUAAGCAUAUAAAACUGCUGCAUAUUGUAUAUUUACAUUGCUAUUUAAGAUUUCUAAUCAUGAUUUUUAACCAAAUAUAUAUGGCACUCAGAAGCCUGUCUAUUACGAGUUGUUAAAAAAGCUAUAAUAAAAAACAAAAUGUUAUUCAUACAAGGUUUUUUUAAAGGUUCUAUUGUUGUUACAGCACAGUCCUUGGUUACUCAUUGACACAAAAAAAAUGACAAGUUAACUUGACUCCCUAUAUAUUUUCCUUGAAUGUAUUUUUUAUUUGCAUUUUAUUCUUUCUGAACUUCAGACAAUCAUGAAAAUAUAAUGUUCCCAUUACCAGUACAAACUGCUGCACCAAAAAGCCCCCAUAUCCUUUGAAAUACUGUGUUUUCAACUGACCUUAUUUGAACACAUUAAAAAUAUAUAUAUAUAUAUUAAAAAAGGCAGCUUGUAGUUUUAUGGUCUUUUCUGAUCACAUUUAUUAUUUUGUGGUAACACUGGUGUUUUAAAAAAAAAAAAAAAGCUCCAUCAUAUUACUUUGUUAUUCUGUUUUAAAAUACAUUUAUCUGUGCUACUUUCUAUAGCCUGCUAACAGACCAUUGCAGGAGGAUAAAGUACUUUUCAGGGUACUUGACAUCUCCCUUAAGCCUGAAAAAAUUCUCAGGAACUCCAUAUCACCUGCCCUGUCUAUUGUGACAGAACCCUAACAUAAAUGGGGCAGCAGUGUGGAGUAGUGGUUAAGGCUCUGGGCUCUUGACUGGAGGGUCUUGGGUUCAAUCCCCGGUCGAGGACACUGCUGUUGUACCCUUGAGCAAGGUACUUUACCUAUAUUGCUCCAGUAAAAAAAAAAACCAACUGUAUAAAUGGGUAAUUGUAUGUAAAAAUAAUGUGAUAUCUUGUAACAA